CUGUUCGAGCAGCUGUCCACCAGUGACGGUUUACUGGUGCUGCAGGUGUUUGGACCCAUCACCGUGGUUCUGGCCGUGUUGGGCAUCUGUGCUGCUGCUCUGGACUACAAACCUCUGCUGCUGCUGUUUUCUGCUUUAAUCUUCAUCGAGUUUGUGGCUAUGAUGGUUGUGGCUUCACCGCUGGUUCAAGUUCAAAGUCAGAUGGACGGAGCGGUGGAUGAGGUGUUUCUGAAGGCCACGCCCCUCCACACAGCAGAAGAUUACGUCCAGAGGGAACUGAAGAAGCUGCAGGCCUCAGACUCCUGCUGUGGGCUGAGGAGCUCCGAGGACUGGGGGGACCAGCUUCCUGACUCCUGCAUGUGCACACCUGACCCGGAUUGGCGCUCCCGUCCUGCUAACUCCAGCUUGGACGGGUCGUGUGUGAUGGUGGACGCUGACCUUUCCUCGCCCCUCCCACACGCCUCAGAUGCAUCAUGGGUGCACGCAAAUCCCUGCGGACCAAUCCUGAAGAGUCAUCUGUCGUUUCCCAUCAAGCUCAGGAUCGGGAUCAUUUCUGCUUUUGCCACCAUCACGAUAACGGCCAUUAUUCUGUGUCUGAGUUUGGGUCUGGAAAAAUACUGGAAGAAGCCGGCAGUGGAAAUGACAAUCGACGACUUCAACCGAGUGAAGUACCAACCCAAACCCUCCCUCACCUGACCUCUGACCUCUGAAGGCUUCUCUUUCUGGAAACAACCAUCGACCGUCCAGCUGAUGGGAAACGUCCGAGGCUCUUCGUCGUUGUUUUUACAUCACCGGCCACUAGAUGGCAGUAGAGGUUGUCUUUGCGUGUCCCUCUUCACUUCCUUCUCACAGCAGCUUCAUGUUCCUCUUCUGUCUUCAUCUCAGAGGAAACCAGAACCAGGGGCCUCCUCUUUUGGGUUUUUCCUCUUUUCGGACAAACGUUUGCAAAAGAAACAUUGACAAAGAUAAAAAAAAGAAAAUAUGGAAAUAAAGAAACGGUUGUCAGAGGAAGUCUGUGAAAAAAAGAUGAGGUGUGAAGAUGGAACGGCGUGUUGCGUAACGUCCCAAAAACAAUCAGGUUGAGGUUGCAAAGCAGAGCUAGGUGUGAUCCGGAGGUUCAUCACGUUCCGUCGUCUCUCCUCUUUGGUGGUGAUGGUUUUCACACGUUUAAAUCGCAUGAAGUCAGCAGAAUGUGAACGCAUUUGUUUAUGAAGGAAACAGAAAAUCCUGGAUUUCAUUUAUCUCCAGAAAUACAAACAUGCUCUCAGGUUUGAUGCUUUGAUACCAUCCUGAUGCAUCAACUCACUAAGUAGAUCAUCGGAAAUCAAAGAACAGAAACAACAGGAAACCACAAAAGGUCAGAGUAUGUUGUGGUCCAAUUCAGACAAAAUCCUUAAAGCCAAACUUUAUGUAACUGUGUUUAAUGUAUUUAUGUGUGACCAAAAGAUUAAAUAAAAUGAUUUAAAAUCCUGA